CUAGCCCACGUUUUCCCUUCUCUUUCAAGCUUUAAUUGGGUGUACUAAAAAAGCCGCAUCCUUUGGCCUUCUCGUCAUCUGCUGAAGAAAAAGACUGCCUUUGACGAAAAAAGAAAGAUAUGGAGAAUGACCCGGAUAAGAAAAGUACGUUAGCUUCAACUUCAGUCACAGAAAUGAAACCUCAACAACUGCCUACUUGUGUGAACCCUGGCAAUCCUGUGUUUUCAUGUAUGUUGGAUCCAAAAACACUCCAUACAGCUACCUCACUAUCAGAGCCUAAGAUGAUUAUGUAUAAAACCAAUUCAAGUACUUAUGGUGAAUUUUUUCCUAUUCCACAGUUUUUCCCCUGCAUUUAUAUUCCAAAAGAGCAAGAAUUUUCAAGACACAUCAGACUUACGGGACUUUAUCAAAAUAACACUCUAAAUACUGCACCUGACAGAACUAGAACCCUUGACUUUCCUAAUUUUCAACAUACUCUAUGAAAAUAUAUUCUUUUGUAUAUUUAACAGAAAAUAUCCUCAGGGGAAAAAAUGAGUUUUAAGUCUAAGGCUAGAAUACCUAAUUGGGAAUAUGGAAAGAUUUUAAUUUUUAAAAAAUGUCUUCAAGAAAUAAAGUAUUUCAACUGA